CCUUCACCUACCUGAAAAUUCACACCAAAGACUCACAAAAAGAGACCCAUAAGGCACCAAGACGACAAUGAUGAAGUUCCAAACCAUCCUCUUUCUCGCAGCCAGCGCUUUCGCCGCACCUACACCGGAAGCAGUUGCUGAGCCUGCGCCUGCCGAUAUUGGCGCUAUAACCAAGGCCCAGCGUCUCUUGUGUUCCGGUCUCUGGACUGGAAACGACCUGAGCUUCGGAGACCUCAAGUGGGCCAUGGAGAACCGCAGAGACGAGCUGCAGCUCAAGGCCGGAUGGUGGAAUGAGGUCAACACCGCCUGCAGAUCGACAGAUGGCAGGGACAUUGCGCAGAAUGGUAUCUGGAUCACUUACAACCACGCACGAAGCAGCCAGGCGAAGACGACUCUGAAGUUCAAUGGUGCAGUCGUCUGUUCGCCGCAGAGCAGCUGGAGACUCAAGUGCGACAAGGCAUGAAGUCGGCGAAUAUCCACGAGGGAAGAGAUGGUUGGUGGAGAGUGCUCUGAAAGCUCUCAAAUAAUAUUCCUAGCGAUGCCUUUACAACAACGAGGCAGCAUCUGAACAAUUACA